GCUUGAAUAUGAGUUUAGCCUUAUUCAAAUCUGUAUGUACAUGUUUUCGCAAACUGUAAGCUUCGCUUUACGAGGAUUUACAAGACGGACAAAAAGUUUCGAUCGUGGCAGAAAACAACGGUGCAAACAGACAGGUAAAAACCGGGAUUGAAUAAUAUAGACAUGUACAAGCACUUAAGUUUGAACAGAUUUAAGCUCACGGACACAUGAACUUGCACUGUCAUCAUAUUUAUUUGUCAGUUCCUCUAAAUGUUUUACCACCAAACUAAACUGACCUUUCUUCUUUUUCUUCUUCUUCUUUUUCUUCUUACUCGAAGAGACUUCAUUAGCGUCCACUAAGUCUUCCACCUCGUCAUCGCCAUCCUCUGGCAUCUCAUUAGUGCUUUCUUUUUCCAAGCGUGGUUCUUCCGUAAGAACCGCCGCCAUCUUGAGUCCGAGAAAAAACUGACAGAGUAGCCAGGCCAUGUAACCAGGCUAUAUUUUGGGAAGCUGCAGAGGAAGCUGGAAACUAAACACCUAUGAACUGGGACCCAGUUCUCACUCAAAAUCGGUCUGUUUACUUCCAUGGUGCGAUGGCCUCAUUCACUUUGCGAGAACAAUCACUGCGUUUGAUGAGACUUGUAGGAGCAGCAUCAUGCAGAUGUCCAGCUCACUCACAAACCUUCUCACCAGUACCAGGGCUAUCAUCUGCUGCAAAAGAUCAUGUUGAACCAGAGUAUGCAUUUGAGGUGGCAAAUUCUAGCGUCAGGUAUGGGGAAGGAGUCACCAGAGAAGUUGGCAUGGACUUUAAAAAUCGUGGCCUGAAGAAUGUCUGUGUUAUUACAGAUCAAAAGUUGGUGACUUUGCCUCCUGUCAAAGAAGCCAUUGAGUCUCUUGAAACCAGCCAUGUUAGAUAUGAACUUUUCGACAGAGUAAGAAUCGAGCCAACAGACACCAGUUUUAAAGAUGCUAUUGAGUUUGCCAAGCGAGGUCAGUUUGACUCGUUUCUUGCUGUCGGUGGUGGCUCGGUGAUUGACACUGCCAAAGCUGCUAAUCUGUACCUCUGUCAUCCAGAAAACGACUUCCUGGAUUUCGUGAAUGCACCUGUCGGGAGAGGAUUGCCUAUUGACAGAACUUUGAAGCCUCUUAUAGCAAUUCCAACAACGGCUGGGACAGGUAGCGAGACAACGGGUGUGGCUGUCUUUGACUAUGAACCACUGAAAGCUAAAACAGGUAUCGCCAACAGAGCCAUUCGUCCAAUGCUAGGCAUUGUGGAUCCACUGCACACCCUUCAUAUGUCUGAGCGCUUGACAGCUAACAGCGGUUAUGACGUGCUAUGUCAUGCUAUCGAGUCGUACACAGCCAUACCGUACCAGAUGCGAGGGCCACGACCUCCAAACCCCAACAUGAGACCAGCGUAUCAAGGAAGCAAUCCAGUCAGUGAUGUAUGGGCCAAACAUGCGCUCAGUAUUGUCUCCAAGUACUUAAAAAGAUCAAUUAAGGACCCUGGUGACUUCGAGGCCCGGUCCAGCAUGCACUUGGCGAGCGUUUAUGCAGGUGUGGGAUUCGGAAAUGCUGGCGUGCACUUAUGCCACGGCAUGUCCUAUCCCAUCUCUGGCCUGGUCAAAUCAUACAAAGCUAAAGAUUACGACGCGGAUCACCCUCUUGUGCCACAUGGUUUGUCCGUAGUGGUGACAUCGCCAGCUGUGUUCCGCUUCACGUCUCCAGCGUGUCCCGAGAGGCAUCUGGAAGCAGCUCAAAUCCUUGGUGCCGACACCACAAAUGUGAAGCUAGCUGAUGCCGGUUUGUUACUGUCCGACACGCUCCGUGACUUCAUGUACAGUACAGGAGUUGAUAACGGACUUACCGCCCUCGGAUAUCAAUCUGAAGAUAUCCCAGCGCUUGUCAAAGGAACUUUGCCUCAACAUCGUGUGACAAAGCUGGCGCCAGCAGGGGCUCCUGGGGAGGAAGAACUUGCGAGGCUUUUUGAGGAUUCUAUGACAUUGUAUUGAUUCUUUGAAGCUGUUUUGUCCCAGGCUCUCUCGGCUCGAGCACUAGUGGGCGAAGACCCUGGAAACGAAAUUGUGUGUCCUUCUGAUUUGAAGGGAAAUAUAUAUGGGGCUUUCGGUCGACUCGAAGCCUGAUUGACUGGAAAUUGUGACUCGAAUUAAAUGUAACUGUCCUUGCACCAACCUUGGGCUAACUUCAGAUCAAAGAUCGUAAGAUUCCUUUAGUGUAGCAUGUGACCCAGGGAAAAUAUUUUUAUUACAUACAAAUCCUGCACUAAAUAACAGGUAAUGUAUGACGAACAGCCAAAUAAAUGUACUGAAUUAUGCAGGAAAAUAGUAAUAAAUUUUAUUACAUCUUGGAAAUCGAAAACUGGCAAUAACUCCAUAGCUUAGAGCCUCAAAUAUGGGAAAAUCAGUUCUUUUUAUCGUUUGUAUGAAAUCGAAAAGCAAAGUGACUUUUAAUCUCCCCUUUUUACAUGUAAUUACUGACGAGUUCUAGACCUGAAGUCUAUUUCGAUUGUCGUAUUUUUUAGAUGAUGUGUAAGUAACAGAUUGCUAGUUUUAAAAGAAACACGAAAACGAGUUUCGAGACGUGGGUGGUUUUGAAAGUUUGUAUUAACGACUCUGUAAUCAUUUUUUAGUGUGAAUAAAUCUUUCGAUUGCCAUAGCAAAUGCCAAGCCUGAGUUUAUGAGGUGAAAACUCGCAAGUGAAGUAAAAAAGACGGCUCCUCGUUUAAAAACCCAAGAUGUCGGUUUGGAGGGGGGAGGGGGUGGGGGAAGGACUUCAUACAACCUCACCUUCUAAGGGUGGGGGUGGGGUAGCUCACCCUCUUGGGGUCUCUUCGGGGGGAUGUGGGGUGGAGAGGGAAUAGAAGAAGACACCAUUGUGUGUGUGGAGUAAUGUCCAUGACUAAAAUGAUAGUCUUCUAGGACAGAACAUUUUAGCCUAGGAUUCUUCUAGUGUGAUAGCUAAACAAGAGCCGAAAAAGGCGUCUGUUCUCUUAAACUACCAGUGUCUCUACCUACUACAAA